AUGUCGCAUGCUCGCGUCGAAGAGCUCUCGGACUCCGAUCCUGAAAUCGAAGACCUCUCCUCCAUUUCCUUCCCUGCGUCCUCCUCUUCUAUAAUCGCACCCGCCGAUAUCCCACAACCAAGCACGUCCGGGCGACCGUUGCGUCCCUCCCAAAAUGCCGCUCAAAACAACAACUCUAAUUCCAUGCCCUCCCUUCUCCGUCCCACAGGCCCAAACGCCAAAUCCGCUACCAAAGAAUCCAUAAAAUCAUACUCCACCCUCUAUCCCGUCUACUUCGAUGCCAGCCGCACCCGUGCUCAAGGCCGGCGCGUCAGUUCCAAACUCAGUGUGCACAACCCACUUGCCCGCGACAUCGCAGAAGCAUGUCAUUUCAUCUCGACCCGAAUGGCAGGCGGCCAAAUACAGAUAGCUUUUGAGCCCGACAAGCUGCACCCAAAGGAUUGGGCGAACCCCGGCCGAGUCCGUGUCCUGAUGCGCAACAAAGAGACCCGUAAACUUGUAAGCCCGGCGGUGAAGAAUAAGUCUCAUCUGUAUAUCUUGGUGGCGCAAUAUCUGCAAACACAUCCCACGACGAAGGAGUCACCUCUCAAGCUUCAGAUCCAAGGCGUGCCGGCCCCGGAGAAGCUGGAGCCACCAGCGGUGCCGAGAGGUUGGAAGAUCAAUGAGAUUUUACCUUUGCACAGUCCGGCAAUGAGUGGAGGUGGAGUGUCGGAUAAUUUCUUCAAGGACAUGAUGGCGGAUAUGCAAAAAGGUGGUGGGGGAGGCGUGCCCCAGUUGCCUCCGGGAAUGGCCGGCAUGUUGGGUGGUGCUGGAGGAGGGCCAGGUGGCAGUCGGCCAGCGAGUAGUGGGGAAGGAAGCAAGAAGAAGGACAAGAAGAAAGGGAAAUGA